UCAGCAGGGAAUCAGGUUGUUGAAUACAUGCAAAAGUUGUCCUGCAAUGACGUGAAUAUGCCAGUGGGUGGAGUGAUUCACACAGGCAUGCUGAAUGAACGUGGUGGCUAUGAAAAUGAUUGUCUUCUUAUAAGGAGAGCAGAUAACAGGUACUUGAUGUUAGCACCAACAACCCAGCAAACUCGUAUUAUGGAUUGGAUGAGAAGACAGAUUACUGCAGAAGCUUGUGUUUCAGUGUCAGAUAUAACAUCCAUGUAUACAGUACUUUGUGUUGUUGGGCCAAAGUCAAAGGAAAUGUUGUCACUUAUGUGCAACACAGACCUCAACUUUUAUGGCCACAUGGCUAAGGAAAUUAAUAUUGCCUAUGCAUCUGGAGUGAUAGUUUUGUCAUUUACUCAAGUUGGAGAACCGGGAUAUACGUUGCUCAUUCCAUCAGAGUACACUCUUCAUAUAUACAGUCAAUUGAUGAAGAUUGGCCAUGAUUAUGGAAUCCGAAAUGUAGGUAUGAUGACAAUGAGAGCAUUACGAGUUGAGAAAUUCAUUCCUUUCUGGGCUGAGGAACUAGAUUCUACAGUAACCCCAUAUGAAGCUGGACGUGGAUACAAGGUCAAGCUAAAUAAAGAAUAUUUUAUUGGCAAAUUUGCCCUAAUGAGGCAAGCAAAUCAGGGCAUAUCCAGACGUUUAGUUCACUUCACAUUGGAAGACACCUUUGAUCCUGAUGAGGACACCUGGCCAUGGGGAGGUGAACCUAUCUAUCGCAAUAACAUCUAUGUGGGGAACACAACAUCUACUGCAUUUGGAUUCACUUUAAACAAGAUGGUGUGUCUGGGUUGGGUAAAGCACCCAGAUGGAAGAGUGAUGUCUCCAGAUUACAUCCUUGGUACUUCCAGGUUUGAAAUAGAUAUUGCAGGGCGAAGGGUAGCUGCAAGGGCUUCACUGCAACCUCCCAAAAUGCCGGUUGUGAAGAAAGAUGGCUUUGCUUCUUAUAGACCAAAGUCGAGGGGAAUUGUUGCAUAGAAAGUUAAAAUGGAGUUGCAAGCAAAUAUACCUGUUAAAUCAUAAAAUUGUGUACAUACUGUACGGAUCCCUUCCAUUUCCAAUAAAAUUUACAUUUAU